CACAUCAGCGGCAGAAGCAGCGACGCCUCCUCAGUGGAACUGACUUGCAAUUGCGAGCCUUCACACUGCUGCACACUUGCGGCUUCUGUGGACAUAUUAUCAACCGGUGGUUUUAGCUCCCAGUCUCCCAGGCUUGCCAAAGCGGUUAGAAGUCAUUUGGAAAGCCUGUUAGCCGAAUCUCUCUGAUCCAGAAGGCCAGCUGGCUUCUCCUGAGGUACUUUCGAAAUUCGCAGCGACCACUGAUCCUGGUCCAGGUGCAUGGGGAAGACGCUAAGGGUAUAAAACCCAAACAUUGAACCUGAAGACCCAGCGCAAAGUAGAAACUGAAAGUACCCUGCCUACUCUGCCGGCAGUGCCUACGGAAGUUAUGGCAAAGUCAGAGCGCCUGGCCAGCGGGUGAUGCAUGCGGCCUCUCCUGGGAUGGAUGGACUAGGCGCGGCGUGGGUGAGAGGAGCCAGCUGCCGAGACUGUCCUGCCCAGUACCGGCGUGCGGCCACUCGGCGGAUGACCGGGGUCCAGGGCGUGAUUAUGGGUGUUGAGAGCUCGCUCCUGCUGCAGUCCCAGUCAUCAUGACUACACCCACCUCCCGCAGACCAUGUUCCAUGUUUCUUUUAGAUAUAUCUUUGGAAUUCCUCCCCUGAUCCUUGUUCUGUUGCCUGUCACAUCAUCUGACUGCCACAUUCAAGAUAAAGAAGGUAAAGCAUAUGAGAGUGUGCUGAUGGUCAGCAUCGAUGAAUUGGACAAAAUGACAGGAAAUGGUAACAAUUGCCCAAAUAAAGAACCAAACUUUUUUAAAAAACAUCCAUGUGAUGAUGCAAAGGAAGCUGCUUUUCUAAAUCGUGCUGCUCGCAAGUUGAAUCAGUUUCUUAAAAUGAAUAUCAGUGAAGAAUUCAAUAUCCACUUACUAACAGUUUCCCAAGGCACACAGACACUAGUGAACUGUACAAGCAAGGAAGAAAAGAAUCCAAAGGAGCAGAAAAAGAAUGACCCAUGUUUCCUGAAGAGACUGCUGAGAGAGAUAAAGACUUGCUGGAAUAAAAUCUUGAAAGGCAGCAUAUAAACAUCAGACAUGGAGAUGGAGCUGCAACCUCCAAGAAUCUACCAGUUUAUACAUUUGGAAGAGCUGGAGUUCCCCCCCCCCCCAGAAGUUGCUGAAUGUCUCCUGGCCAAACGACCAGAACACCUGGGAAAUCCACAGUAAGGUACUAGAAGACACAAACAAUACAAGCAGUUGCUGCAGUCAGAAUAUACAUAUGGACAGAGAUCAGCUGGGCUGAUGUCGUAAAGCAAUCAUGUCAUCUGCAAUACUUUUUAAAGUUUCCCAAAUAUUUCUGAAGACAUCCUAUCUACAAAAAUAAAGCCUACAAGGAUUCAAAGUCCCCACUGUUUUCUCAUCAGAAUGAUGUGAUGGCCCACUGCGCAUCAGAACCCAUCUGAAGAGUGGAACUGUUGCCUUGUAAGCUGGAGAUGCUGGAGGGCUCACAGUGAUGAAUACUGCUCAUGGAAACAAGACAGUCACAGCAUAAAACAGCAGCGGCAAAAAAAAAAAAGCUUAAGGCACUUAAGACAGAUAUCAAAAAUUGUAGUUAAACAUGAAUGUAUAACACAUGCCUUCAGUAAAGAACAUAGCACAUCUUUUUUAAAUAAAAGAACUUUUAAAGAUAGAAAUGCACUUAUUCCAAAGAUACUGAACCUUAGUAUUCAGUCACUUUUGUCCUUUAUGUAUACCAAAGCUUAUAUACUGAGUUUUCAACUUGGGAAGUAUAUUUUCAAGAUAAUAAUAUAUGUUAGACGUUUAAUGAAUGUAUAUAUUUAAUUUUGACAUCUCUAUAUAAAAUAUUUUCAUACAAUACUA